AUGGAACCGAAACUGGGACACACACCCACGUCCACAGGCCGAAUGUGGACCUAUGUCACUCUCUUCUCCCUGCCAGAACGAGUCACCAUCACCACUACCACUACCACCACCAGUUGGGGUUGUCUGCCCGACAGCGUUCAGCCUCUUCAGUCCAAGCGACAGUGUGUGGUGGUGAUGGUGGUGGUGGUGGUGGUGGUAGCGGUACUAAUGAUGGACGAAUCGAGCGCAGGCGCACGCGUGCGAGCGCGCGAU